AUGACACAAUUUGCCAGCGAGCAAAACGCGAAGCCAGUUUUGCAAUCGAGAAGUCAGCCAGAUGGUGCCAACAAGAUCAACAAUGCGAAGCUUGAACGGAUCAAGCAGACCGCUAACCGAUAUGAAAAGAAGCUCAUGGCUGGCGUCGUUGAGCCCGACCGCAUUCAUACAACCUUCAACGAUGUCCAUGCGCCCAGCGAGACGAAGGAUGCCUUGCGCACCAUCACCUCGCUUCAACUUACCCGACCCGACGCCUUCCAAUAUGGUGUGCUCGCUCACAACCAACUAAGCGGCCUGCUUCUCUACGGCCCUCCAGGGACCGGCAAGACCCUCUUCGCGAAAGCCGUCGCGAAAGAGAGCGGGGCCACCGUCCUGGAAGUGAGCGGAAGUAGCGUGAACGAAAUGUACGUCGGCGAAAGCGAGAAGAACGUCGGGGCGAUCUUUUCCCUCGCGCGUAAGCUGUCCCCCUGCAUCGUCUUUAUUGACGAGGCGGACGCGAUCUUCGCCUCGCGCUCCGGCGGUCGGCAUCGCGUGAGCCACCGCGAGAUCAUCAAUCAGUUUCUGAAGGAGUGGGACGGCAUGGAGGGGGCGAACGUGUUCGUCAUGGUGGCGACGAACCGUCCGUUCGAUAUGGACGACGCGGUGAUGCGGCGGCUCCCGCGGAAGAUGCUCAUGGACCUGCCAACCGAGGAGGGCCGCGAGCAGAUUCUUCGGAUCCUCCUCAAAAAUGAAGCGUUGGAUGACUCCGUCUCGCUCACGGAGUUCGCGUCCAAGACGGCGUUCUACUCCGGGUCGGAUCUGAAGAACCUCUGCGUCGCGGCGGCGAUGGCGUGCGUCAAGCAGGAACCGGAGACCUCGGAGAAGCGCGUGCUGAAGAAGGGGCAUUUCGAGACGGCGAUCGCGGAGAUCAGCGCGAGUGUCAGCGAGGACAUGUCCAGCGUGCAGGCGAUUCGGAAGUUCGACGAACAAUAUGGGGACCGGAGAGGGAGGAGGCAGAAGACGUCGUUAGGAUUUAUGGGGGAUGCUCCUACGGAGAGUUCGGUGCGAAUCAGGGGUUGA